CCUCCACAUUGACUCAUUUUGAUCCCACCCCUGUUUGGUGUGUUUUCUACGUCGUUUUUGUUUCUUGCAACAGGUGACUCACUCAGUUCCAAUGUUUCGCCGUUCCGUCACCUCCACAGCUGCCCCCGCUGUGCGGUCGGCGCUUAAGGCCCAAAGGGGCUUUGCGUCGGCCUCGCCAGUGAGCACGGCCGCCCGAAACCACAAGGUCGUCGUGAUCGGCGGUGGUACGGCCGGUCUCACCAUCAGUCACCAGCUCCUGCGGUCGGGGAAGUUCGCCCAGGAUGAUAUCGCGGUCGUUGACCCCGCCGAGUUCCACCACUACCAGCCCGGCUGGACGCUAGUCGGCGGCGGCCUCAAGACCAAGCAAGAGCUCCAGAGCCAGCUGAAGGGCUUGCUCGACCCCAAGCUCAAAUUCUACAACACCAACGUGGGCACCUUCGCCCCGGAGAAGAACGCCAUCACGCUCGGCAACGGCGACACCCUCGGCUACGAGCAGCUCGUCGUGGUGCCCGGCAUCACCAUCAACUACGACGCCAUCAAGGGUCUCCCCGAGGCCCUCGCGAACCCCGACGCCCCCGUGUCCUCCAUCUUCGGCUACGAGACGGUCGACAAGGUCUGGAACAACAUCAGCAAGAUGAACAAGGGAGACGCCAUCUUCACGCAACCCGCGGGUGUGAUCAAGUGUGCCGGCGCGCCCCAGAAGAUCAUGUGGCUGGCGUUGGACCACUGGAAGAAGCAGGGCUUGUACAAGGCGCACUCCCCCGAGUCGCCUAUCAAGAUCAGCUUCGCCACGGGAACGCCGUCCAUGUUCGCGGUGCCCAAGUACAGCGCGACGCUGGAGGCGCUGCGCAAGGAGCGUGGUGUUGAGGGUCUGUUCCAGCAUGACCUGGUCUCCGUCGACGGCAACAACGCGACCUUCGCGCGCGCCGAGACCAAGGAUCAGGUUACGAAGCGCUUCGAUCUGAUGCAUGUGGUGCCCAAGAUGGGUCCCCACGGCUUCGUCAAGAACAGCCCGCUGGCUAACGAGGCCGGCUUCGUCGACGUCGACGACUUCACCACCCGCCACAAGAAGUUCGGCAAUGUGUGGUCCGCGGGCGACGCAUCCAGUUUGCCGUGCUCCAAGACGGCUGCGGCUAUCACCGCCGAGGCCCCCGUGCUGGUGGGCAACCUGAUGCUCGCCAUGGAGGGCAAGGCGCCCGACGCCGAGUACGACGGGUAUGCGUCGUGCCCGCUGUUGACGGAGUACGGCAAGGUUCUGCUGGCAGAAUUCAAGUACGGUGGGCAGCCCAAGGAGACGUUCGGCAACCUGUUUGGCAUUGACCAGGCGGUUCCGCGUCGCGCAUUCUAUCAUCUCAAGAAGGACUUCUUCCCGUGGGUGUACUACAACUCGAUGGUGAAGGGCACGUGGGGAGGCCCGAAGGGGUGGCUGUAAAUGUAUUAUAGAUAGAUAGAUAAUAUUCCUCUCUUUUCUUC